AUGGCGUUCGAGGGCAAAAACAUGCCUAGCAUGUUCUCCACCACCGAUCCCGAAGAGCACAAGGCACUGAAGCGGCCGGUUGCCCAGAAGUUCUCCAUGAGCUCGAUCCGAACACUUGAGUAUCUGGUGGACCCCUGCAGCCAGAUUUUCACCGACGCCAUGUUAGACAUGCAGGGACAGGUUGUCGACCUCGGAACCUGGGUUCAAUGGUACGCCUUUGACGUGAUCGGCGCCAUCUCGUUUGCUCGAAGAUUCGGUUUCAUGGAAGAACGUAAAGACAUCAAGGGCAUGAUUGCAGGUAUCGAGUUUGGACUUGUCUAUGUCGGCCGGGUUGGGCAGAUUCCAUCUCUUCAUCCGUUUCUCCUCGGGAACCUAACACUCAGGAGAAUCUUUGCUAAACUAGUCCCCGUCUCGAGAGAUCCCAUUGCGACUUCCACAAAGAUGGUGUUGGAAGGCAUCAAGGAGUACGACGCCGAAGAGGCAGACACCACUCAUGGACGAGACUUCCUCGCAUACUUGCGACAACAGCAGAAGUCCACCGGCACCAUCAUGAGUACGUGGGAGCUUAUGAACCAUCUAAUGAACAAUCUGCUAGCCGGUAGUGAUACUACCGCCAUUUCUCUUCGCGCUGUAUUUUACUAUCUCCUGAAGAGCAAACAUGCCUACCAAACAUUGCAACAGGAAAUCGAUAAGGCCGACAGGGACGGCAAGCUGUCGCCCGUUAUACAGUACAGCGAGAGUCUGGAACUUGAAUACUUGUGA